AUGGUCUAUGGCCUAUGGCCUAUGGCCUAUGGUCUGUGGUCUGUGGACUGUGGUCUAUGGUCUGCGGUCUGUGAUCCGUCACCCGUGGUCUGGUCUGUGAGAGUGGCGGCUCAGCAGCCAGCGGCGGCGACGGGCCAUUAUUUUGCAGCGCUUCGGCGGGUCUCAGCUUUAGCUGAAAAGUGCACCGAGUGGUCGGCUAGUGCCCAACCUUCGCUGUUUCAUGAUCGAGUCGUUCCUGAGCUGUGCCUGUCCUUGCCAGAUGGGGGUACGCGUGCAGCCUGUCCACAGCUAGAGUGCUGCAAUAUGGCGGCUGCACCUCUUCGCCAAGGCCGGCCAUGGACAGUAAAUCGCCGGCUGGUUCUACUAAGUACGAGCCCGGCCUCGACAGGGCAGGUGUUGUUCGUGAAUCGGGAGAUCUGCGUCGUCAAUCGUGAUAUCUGCUUCAUCAAAUUCGUGAUGAGCUUCAAGGUCGAGCCGGUUUGCACCGCUUGCACUGCUUGCACCGUACCUGCAAGGCGCAGAUACUUUCGACACCCAUGUCCGCGUCAGGGCCACGGCAAAGAUGUCAUGAUUCCCAUCCCACUCCAUCCCACGCCAUCCCAUCCGCGCUUUUUGUCGGCUGUGGCAUGUGCUGAGCGAGAUGCUCUGCUCUGCCCUUCUCUGCUCCGCUCGAUAUACGUGAUAAGGAUCGAGGGGCGCGCACCGCUGAGCCCCGCCCCCUCGCGGCCAACAAGAGGGGUCGAUGGACGUGCUGCUGCUGACUACAGCAAGACUCGUGCCGAAUCACAGUCAGAGCCACGCCGCCACGCCGCCACGCAGACCUAUUUUUGA